AUGUCAAGAAACUUAAUACUAAAAGAAGUGGUAAAGAAAUUGAGGCAUUUGAGAAAGAGGGAGUACUCUAGGUUCCCUAUACUUGAAGGGCACCCAAUUGCACAACAACAUGGAAAAGAAGCUGUUGAAAUUCUCAAGAAAUUAAGUGAUAAAGAUAAGAAGAUGAAGGAAUUUAGGAUUUAUAGGUGGAACCCUCAUAAACCUAACCAAAAACCUUUUCUUCAAUCCUUCUUUCUUCAUCUUCCUUCCUGUGGCCCCAUGGUUCUGGAUGCAUUGCAAAAGAUAAAGGGGGAGGAAGAUUCGAGUUUGAGUUACAGAAGGUCAUGUAGAGAAGGAAUAUGCGGAUCAUGCUCAAUGAACAUAAAUGGUGUUAACACCGUCGCAUGUCUCAAGCCUAUAGAUACAGACACUAGCAAGCCAACUACCAUCACUCCUCUCCCUCACAUGUUUGUUAUCAAAGAUUUGGUGGUUGAUCUCACUAAUUUCUACCAGCAGUACAAGUCUAUAGAGCCAUGGUUGAAGACACGAAAACCGCCCCCAGACGGGAGAGAAUACAGGCAAACACCAGAGGAUAGGAAGAAGCUUGAUGGUUUAUACGAAUGCAUAUUAUGUGCUUGUUGCAGUACUUCUUGUCCUUCUUACUGGUGGAAUCCCGAGGAGUUCCUUGGACCUGCAGCCUUGCUCCAUGCCUAUCGAUGGAUCUCGGACAGUCGAGAUGAAUUUGCAAAUGAGAGAUUGCAGGCAAUAACAGAGGAUCAAGGGCGUUUGUACCGGUGCAGGACCAUAAAAAAUUGCACAGCAUGUUGCCCGAAGAGCCUUAAUCCUGCUAAUGCCAUAAACAAGAUGAAGACUAUUCACUUAACUGAGAAGCCAAUCCAGGAUCUUGAAGCUGAGCCCGAGCCUCGUUUUGGGCAAGCCUAAUGUGUUAUUACU